UUUGUUCUGACUCGUCCUUGGUGGUUUGACACAGCUAAAGAAUGGAGGUGUGUGUGCAAAAAAUGCUAUGUUGAUGCGGAGACUGAGCAGACUCAUAUCCCAGAGAAGAAACGGGGUCAUUGGCGGAAAAAGGAGGACACCUCCAAGUCACAUAGUCAACUAUCGCCCCCCGGUGACUCCCAUGUCUCUCUCCAGGGUGGGUUUAACCCAAAAAAUCCGUCAUCUUACAAUGGGCUGUGGGAGAUCGGCUCAACUCGGAGAAUCCUCUUGCAGCUGUUCAGGGAGCCGAGGAUAGGACCAAGACAUCGGGCCGAGUCAAUGAGGGUUUCUCGUCCGCUUUUGUCCUGCGCUUCUCGGCCGCGGUGUCUGUGCACAGUGCGUAAAUGCGCUCGGAGUAGAGAAGACAGGCCCCCGAGGAGCACUGUAAAUGUUGAGAUUCAGUCCUGGUCGGACAUCGUGGUAGUGAAUCGAUUUCUUCAUAGUUCCGCUGAGCGGAUGGAGUGAAUUGUGCAAAAGGGGAGAGAGACAGACCACAGCUUGGUUGCGUGUGAUGAUAGGAGACACAAUGACGCUCUUGUCUCUUCUGGGUCGGAUCAUGCGCUAUUUUCUCCUCAGGCCUGAGACAUUGUUUCUGUUGUGCAUCAGUCUGGCGCUGUGGAGUUAUUUCUUCCACACCGACGAGGUGAAAACCAUCGUCAAGUCCAGUCGGGACGCCGUGAAGAUGGUGAAGGGGAAAGUGGCGGAGAUGAUGCAGAAUGACCGACUGGGAGGCCUCAGUGUCCUGGACGCAGAGUUCUCCAAAACCUGGGAGUUCAAGAACAACAACGUAGCCGUGUACUCCAUACAGGGGAGGAGAGAUCACAUGGAGGACCGCUUCGAGGUGCUCACCGACAUCGCCAACAAGACUCAUCCGUCCAUUUUCGGGAUAUUUGACGGUCACGGUGGAGAGGCUGCAGCGGACUAUGUGAAGGCCCACCUGCCCGAGUCCCUGAAGCAGCAGCUGCAGGCCUUUGAGAGAGAGAAGAGAGACAGCGCCCUCUCUUACACCAGCAUCCUCGAGCAGCGCAUCCUGGCUGUGGAUCGUGAGAUGCUGGACAAGCUCUCUGCCAACCAUGAUGAAGCAGGAACGACAUGUCUAGUGGCGCUGCUGUCAGACAGAGAACUCACAGUGGCCAACGUCGGAGACUCUCGCGGUGUGUUGUGUGACAAAGAUGGGAACGCUGUCGCACUGUCACAUGAUCACAAACCAUAUCAGCUCAAAGAACGCAAGAGGAUCAAGAGGGCAGGGGGUUUCAUCAGUUUUAAUGGCUCCUGGAGAGUGCAGGGAAUCCUGGCGAUGUCCCGCUCUCUAGGGGACUACCCACUGAAAAACCUCAACGUAGUCAUCCCCGACCCUGAUAUCAUGACCUUUGACCUGGACAAACUGCAGCCAGAGUUCAUGAUCCUGGCUUCUGAUGGACUGUGGGACGCCUUCAGCAACGAGGAGGCCGUUCGGUUCGUCCGCGAGCGCCUGGAUGAGCCUCACUUCGGGGCCAAGAGCAUCGUCCUCCAGUCCUUCUACCGCGGCUGUCCCGACAACAUCACCGUAAUGGUGGUGAAGUUCAAAAGUGGAGCUGGGGGGAGCAGCAAGUCAGGGGAGUAGGUCAAGUUUAGAGCUCACAUUGUGAUCAAUGUUUUCUAUGAUUUUCCCCAUCCUCUGGAUGGAGCAACAAGUAUGUUAUCAAUGGAGGACUGAGAGAAUAUGAAAUAUAGACACUGAGGCCUGUACUUCUGAGAAGCAUACAAACACACACACACACAUACAAACACAUACAUACAAACACAUGUAACAAUGAAGUUUUCUUUUGUUUGUAGGUUUCUGACUUGAGAUAAGGGCAUGUAAACACAAUAUAAACCCAAUAACCAUUUGCCAACUUAAUGAUGAAUACAUUAAAAUACAGAUGUUCUCCAACAGUGGAGAUGCAUAAAUGCAGGACAAGCAGACACCAAACAGGGGUUUUCUCUUAACCAGCACUCUUUAGACUGUGAUUGAUUUACUACUGUUUACUGUACAUGCACAUGAAUGGUACAGCUCCACUGGAGGCUUCUUCAGAGGAGGCUUAAACUAGUGCCUACUCAAGAACUUACUGUGCAACUACAGGAAGCUACUAAAAAUGUAUUUACAAAGACCAUUGUUGCUUGCUGCAUUUUGAUGAUGCUCUUACAUAAUGUAUGUAAUGUAUCACAUUGUUGACCUGAGAAAAAAAAAAAAAAAAAAAAAGAGACUCCAGUGGAUCCAUACCUUUAUCUAACUUGAAGUGAUGCUACACCCAAAAUUUAACUUUUAAGUAUCAAAUACUCAUUCCCUGUGGAACUGAGAGGUGGCUGUUAAUCAUUUGUAGUUUCAUCAUCUAGCUGCAUUCAAUAGAGUGGAAAAAGAUUGGCAGGAGUCUGACAAAUCACAGCUCCCUCUACUGCUCUGUGGGUUGGAUUUUGUUUUAAUUUUGAGGUGCCACACUGCUUACAAGUCUUUAAAUUAAAGAUACCUUUUAAGUUAAGGCGAUAAUGAACAAGAGGAUACCUUAAACAACCUCUCAAAGUAAUUUUGCUGUUCCAUUUUAAAAUAUAAUUAAUAAUUCAUUGUUUAAAGAUGGAAUAAGUAAAGAGUAUUUGUAACUGGAAAAUGUAACGGCCCCUUCACAUGCUCAACAUGAUUCUGCAAACUUCUCAAAGUGUAAUGAGCUACGAC